UUGACUUCAAGUUCCGUCCGGACAAUUUAUCGAACGCAACAGUUUCCGGUGGGAGGUAAACAGAAGGUUGACAUUGGUAGCAUUCACUAGCGUUAAAUAUGGUUUCGCUGUCUUUAAAUUCGUUAAAACAAAUAAUGAAAGCAAUGGUAGAUAAUCCAGGCUUCGACAGAGUCCUGAGCAAGGUGGACGUUUUGUCUGCCAGCCCAGGUAAGGUGGUGUGUGAGAUGCGGGUAGACGAGGAGCACACCAACCGGGGAGGGACGCUACACGGCGGGUUGACAGCCACCCUGGUCGAUGUCAUCUCCACCAUGGCUAUCAUGUACACAGAGAGAGGAGCACCGGGAGUCAGUGUGGAUAUGAACAUAACAUACAUGAAUGCUGCCAAGAUGGGAGAGGAUGUCCUCAUUACUGCUCAGGUUCUGAAGCAAGGACGGACGCUGGCGUUUGCCACUGUGGACCUCACCAACAAGGCCACAGGGAAGCUUAUAGCACAAGGGAGACACACUAAACACCUUGGCGGCAGCUAAGCUUGCUCUAAAUCAGAUACCAUGUAACAAUACUGUCAAAACAAGGGGCUGUGAGUGAACUAACGUUUGCAAAACUGACUGUGUACAAAAAAUGUAAUCAACAGUGGGGAGUGCAACAGAUACUUGUUACUUAGAUACUUUUUACCACUGCUGCAUAUUUGUUGUUGAACAGUUAAAAAAAAAUAAUAACUGAUAGCUGUAUGGCCAGAGUCAAUCCGGACCUAACUUAUUAUGUAUAAAUUGUACUGAUCCAUGCACAUGCAAUAAAACAAAUAGACAAGACUUAUGCUUUCAGAAUUUGCAUUGUAUUGGGAUAUGCUCAGCAGUACUGAUUUGUGAUUCAACAGAAAAAACCCAGAAGUUAUACACCUUAUACCCUUUUAAGUGAACACACUGAAUCAACAAGGAGCAAAAUUAUGCUAUGAACUUCCUAUUCUUUGAUAAGCAAGCCUGUGAAACCCAAUUUUAUUUUGAUAGCAUGGAAGCAAAUUGUUUUCAUUUUAGUAGGUCAAAUUAAACAUAUCAGUUAGCUUUCAGGAACUUUUGUUAGGCAAGUAAAACAGUAUGUCACCAUUUCAGUUUACCACCAACCCACAUCCCAAAUGAAUCAAAACAUAAAACAUCAGAUUUCAGUAGCUUAAACAAAUGGUGCCUGAAUGGUGACAAUGACCUUCAACAUCUAACCAACAUGUCUCAAUUUUGUGUACAAUGUCUUUCAAGUCACUCAAGAUUUUAGCAAAGGCCUGCCUAGCAUGUUUCGGAGGAAAGCUAAUGACAGCAAAACAAUUCUUUUC